AUGCGAAGCGGUUUCUGCGUUUACGAUUCAAGAGGAUUCGAUUAUGGUAGAACAAGGGAGGCAUUAGAGGAAUUAUCGAGUUGGAUCAGUGAAGGGGUUCAUCAUAGCCAGCUUUGCUUGAGAUAUCGCGACAGCAAAAUGAUGACAGACGAUAUGGAAAAUGAUGACAUGGGAUCGUCUUCAAAGUUCGUGCUGAGAAGAGUGAAUUGCGUGAUACUGAUAGCUAACAUGGCAGAGAUUUACCAAGCUUUAAAAGCAGGCGAUUUGAAGCCAUUAGAGGCCAUCAGACAGCUCUUCUGCUGCGCUGCUUUGCGAAAAAGCAUAUGCCUUACAAAAUACGGAUUUCUCGAAGAAGAAUGUGAUCCAGUGUCAGCCUAUGCCUUAACUGAAGUUGUGUACAGGGCACUGCUUAUCUCAGAUAGAGGACAGCUCCCAAAGAAAAGAUUCCAUCACCGGGCACUGUUGAUAUUACUAUGCCUUGUACGUUUCAUCGGUGUAUGCUUUGCUUUGCUAGCUGAUGUUUGUUCCAAACUUGGGGAGAAGGAGAAACUGAGGAUAUGA